AUGGGACCGAGUAAGUUGGAGUUGAGGCAUGAUGGCUGGCGAACAAGCGUUAUAUUACACAAACGUUAUAUGACACAAACGUUAUAUUACACAAACGCGAAUAAGGAAUUUCGUAUCCUUGAAAAAUUGAAAGGAUCUAAUCAUGUGGUUGAUUUGCGAGCCAGUAUUGAGACGAGUGCAGGAGACCGUUUAUUAAUCUUGGAAUAUCUUCCUCAUCGUUUAUUUACUUUUAUGGAAGAUGGGAUUUAUGAUUGCACUCUAACGGAGUUGGGUAUUUGGGAGGUUGCUAGGCAAAUAUUGAAUGGUCUGGAUGAAUUAAGAAGAAAGAAUGUAUGUCAUAAAGACAUCAAGCCAGAGAAUAUAUUGACCAGCCAAAAGUUACCCGAAGAAUGGGUUAUGAAUAAUUGCGAAAAUUCCGAAUCGAUUGGUCCCCAGAUGUUCAAGGCCACUGAACUAGGUCAUAGCAACAUACUCAUUGAUGAUUUGGUACAAAAGGAUAAUAUUCAACCACCAUCUGAUCUACUAACUAUCGUAUUAAUUGACCCCACUGAUUUGACAGAGUUGAAGAAUGAUUUCAAGAUUAAAUUUGUUGACUUUAAUAUUUCGAGCGAGAGUCUUAAUAUUUAUGACGCUGAAGGCACCAAUGCCUUCACACCACCAGAGGUGUUUCUCAAAACCGCAAACACGUUCGAUGGUGUUAAACGCGACUUGUGGAGUAUCGGAUGCUCUCUCUUCAUCAGUGCUUUUGGCCGACUUCCCUUCUGGCAUCGCGUUCCUAUACACCUACAAUUAUCUAUAAUCAAUGAACCUAUCCACUGGGAACACUAUCGAAAUUGCCGACCCGAUCUGUCAAAUGAUGUAGUAGAAUUUAUCAAGUCACUCCUAGAAAAAAAUCCGGCGAGACGGAUGUCCCUGGACGAAGCACUAGGCAUCGCUACAAAGCAUGUGCCCCUCUAG